UUUGCAAGCUACCAUAAGUAACUCAUUGGGGUACCAUCACAUUGAAAACCGCAUCUAUUGAAUUGAAUUACUGCACUUUUAGCAAAGCUUUCACGGUAUUAUAAGGUUUUUCAUCUCUCUCUCGCCAAUCUUCGGUAGAGCUUUUGUUCUAAGAGAAUCUUUCGAAAAAAACUUGCUGUUGACGGCAUAAGACGAUGGCCACUGGAACUGUGGAAUCUGCUGUGGCUGUACGAUUGGAAGAAAAUAGAGAAACCGAAAAAUCAGUUGACAGAGAAAAGACAUGUCCACUAUUGCUUCGUGUGUUUUGUGCAAUGGGUAGACAUCAUAGUCUUGGUGACUAUGCAAGGGGAAGUGUCCCAGCAACUGAACUUCAGAUUUACACCUGGACUGAUGCAACUCUUUUAGAAAUAACUGGCUUGGUAAGAGAAGUUAAUUAUGAAGCAAGACGUCGUGGGACACGCUUUUCAUUUGCACAGAUAUAUCCUGACAGAAGUACAUUAAGUAUGUCUCGGCGCGAAAUCGGUACUACUGUUUCAGGAGAACGUGGACCUGAUGAUAUGAAAACCCUAAAACAAUGCCGUUUUACCAUAGGAGACUACAUUGAUAUUGCGAUUACUCCGCCUAGCAGAAAUAUGAAUAAUCAAAGCAACCGAAGAUUCAGACCAUACUGAUUUUUUUAUUUGGAUAAUCGUUUUGUCACUACUGGUCCCAAGUGUUCACAUUGACAGUAAAAAUCUCCUACACAAAAAA